CGGGCGGCUAGCGGACCUGGGGUGAGAUGCCGGCUUCCACCGCGGUGUUCGACGGGAUGCCGGAGGGUAAGGGGUGGGGCUGACGUCAGGAGCCAAGAUGGCGGCGGCGGUUGGGGUCUCCUUGAAGCGCGGCUUCCCGGCUACCGCUCUCGGCAGAGUCGGCCUGCAGGCCUGCCGAGGGGCACAGACAGCUGCUGCUGCUCCCCGAAUCAAAAAAUUUGCCAUUUACCGAUGGGACCCGGACAAGACUGGAGAUAAGCCCCGAAUGCAGACUUACGAAGUUGAUCUGAAUAAGUGUGGACCUAUGGUGUUGGAUGCUCUAAUUAAGAUUAAGAAUGAAAUUGAUUCCACUUUGACUUUCCGGAGAUCAUGUAGAGAAGGGAUCUGUGGCUCUUGUGCCAUGAACAUCAACGGAGGCAACACUCUGGCGUGCACUCGAAGGAUCGACACGGACCUCAGCAAAGUCUCAAAAAUUUACCCUCUUCCACAUAUGUAUGUGAUCAAGGAUCUAGUCCCUGAUCUGAGUAACUUCUACGCACAGUACAAAUCCAUUGAACCCUAUCUGAAGAAGAAGGAUGAGUCCAAGGAGGGCAAGCAGCAGUAUCUGCAGUCCAUCGAGGACCGGGAGAAGCUGGACGGACUGUACGAAUGCAUCCUCUGUGCCUGCUGUAGCACCAGCUGCCCCAGCUACUGGUGGAAUGGAGACAAGUACCUGGGGCCCGCCGUUCUCAUGCAGGCCUAUCGCUGGAUGAUCGACUCCAGAGACGACUUCACAGAGGAGCGCCUGGCCAAGCUGCAGGACCCCUUCUCUCUCUACCGCUGCCACACCAUCAUGAACUGUACGCGGACCUGUCCCAAGGGUCUGAAUCCAGGGAAAGCCAUUGCUGAAAUCAAGAAGAUGAUGGCGACCUACAAAGAGAAGAGGGCACUGGCGUAACCCUCUCCAUGCUGAAUGUCAGCUCCGACUUUAAUCUCUUCAGACACCUGGAUUCUCCAGGAAAACAGCAUGUACAAUAAACAUUUUAAGAAAUAAGUAGGUGUUACUCUA